GAAUGCAGUGGUUCUGUAGUAGAGACUAGAGACUAGUAGACGCAUACCCUCUUUGGUUUUAGUACUGUUCCAGACCACCUUACGCACCAAAGAGUUUAGGGAUGUUAAACUGACAGCUUGAUUUGUGCGAAGGCGUCCGCUAAACGCGAAUGAACUUUAUUAAUGCGGAAGUCGGAGAUCUGUGGAAGGAAUUCCUGUGAUGUGCGUCAUCGACAAACACCCGCCUCCAGCGCGAGACGAGCGCUAGAUAGAGCGAUAGACUCAACUCUACUCAACUCUACUCGCUCGGCGUCGCGGGGCCAUGUGCAGCUAAAAGAGCUUCGCGUUUUGUUUUACAGCCAUGUGCAAGCCGUGGUUUGUCGCUCGUGUAGUUUUGCUGUUUGUUUCGUUUGGAUGGUCGUCCUCCAUUCGGGACAGUCUCAGGGUCAGACAGGAAUGGAGUGGUGCUGAGCGAGGGCUGCCCGAGCUGAGACUCUGGACGCUCCGCUCUCAGGAUCUGCUGGACGUCUGUGUCCGUGUGUGGCUCUCCGUCCAGCCUCUGGAGACUAACGAAUCUCUGAGGAUUGAGCUGAGCGACUCUGAGACGGGGGACUCCUACACCCUGCUCAUGUGGAAGCGGAGCAACGCUCUCAGGUGGAACAGCACGAGCGGCCAUCCGUUGCUUCAGCCUCGCAAAGCUAAGAUUCAGGGGCUUGAACCGAGCGCGUCGUCCCAGAAGGCCUUUUGGGUUGUGUGCUACAACUGUUUCCCGGCCCGGCCUGGAUCCACGGUCAGCGUGUCUGUCCACAGACAGAGUCGAGAGCUCAUCAGCACGUCUUACCUCGUCCGGAACACAGUGCCCACAGCCAGUGUUACGGUGGAUGAACACGCUAAACGCUUCACCGUACGAAUGGACACCGACCCAAGUGAAGUCAACUUCAGCCUGUGCUACAACAAUUCACAUGUGUGUGAAGGAGUUUAUUUUAAUCAGACCAAACCAAACGUUAAAUCCUUCAAUCUGAGCUUUCCCUACCUGAUACCUUGUGUCUGUGUGCAGCUGUGGUUUCCAGGCCCUGAUUCCAGAAGAAACACACAGUGUCCUUUAAAAGAGAGAGCACUGCCACAUGGAGGUGAUAUCUUGUCCUCGAGUUCAGUCGAAGUUCAUGGCUCUGUUUUGAAGUGGAAGCCUCUCUGCCCUGUCCAAUCAAACCUGUCCGUCUCUCUGUGCUGGCUAAUCCACGUGCAGAACUCUUACUGUAUCCCCGCCUCUAACUCCACCCUCCAAUGGACCAAACUGCAGCACUAUGAUGUAUCUGGCGUGGAUAAACACCCUCAGAUGUGUGUGAAGUUUUCUCUGAUUGGCAGCGUUCGGAUCUUCUGUCCCUUCGAGUCAGAGGGCCGUUCGGCGUGGAGUGUGGAAGUCGUUCCUGGAUCUCUGCACCUACUCCUGCUCCUGAGCUCCAGCACCAGAUCCUGGUUUGCUGCUCAGCUGUGCUCCAGAGAGCGAGACUCCUGCUUAUCUCAGGGACAUGUCGUCUCACUUCUGGUGGAUGGGGGCGCUGCUGAGCUGAGCCUGCCCUUUCCCUUCCUCUCAUCAGGACUCUGUGUGCAGGUAUGGCGUUUGGAUCUCAAAGGAAGACGAAUCAUUUGUCCAGACUUCACUCACAGGCGAUGGGGUCUGAUCACUGGCUCUGCGCUGACUCUUCUGACGCUAACCGUACUCGUCUGCAUCACAUGCUACCUGGUCAAGAGAAGCACAUCAGUGUGGCGGCGCUCUAAAAGACGUCCCGUGCUGCUGGUGUGCUCGUCCAGCGAGGCGGCUCACGUGUCUGCGGUCUGCACUCUCGCCUCCGGCCUGAAGGGGGAGCUCCUCAUGGACGUGCGGCUGGCGCAGUGGGCGUCCUCUCUGGCUCAGCUGGGACCCGUGCCGUGGCUGUACGGUCAGUGUCAGGCCGUGCAGAAGGCGGGCGGUCUGGUCCUGAUCAGCUGGAGCCCUGACGCCCUUCAGGCCUUUCUGAGACGGGCGCAGAGCGACGAGUUCUCUGAGAGCGGGCCGUACAGCUCUGGAGAAGAGGACGAGCGGGAGAGCUGGGAUGGAGAGCGGACAGAGUCGUCCGCCUUCACGGCUCCGGUGCUCCACGCUGCCCUCUCCUGUCUGUGGAAGGGGCUACACGGUGAGGGCCACGGCCGGGGGUUCGGGCUGCUGAGCUUCCAGGCUCUUAACAGCAGCGCCUGCAUCCCAAAACAGCUCCGCUGUGUCCCAAAGUACUGUCUCCCGAAGGACCUGUCCUCUUUACUGCACGACCUGGGAGAGCCCACGGGAGCCUGGGGGCCCGGCCGAUGCUGGCCCCGUCUUCUGUCCAAGGCUCUGGCGUUCUUCAUGUGGCGACAAGUCGAGCCCAAACUGAAGGCAAGACUUCCCGCGUCGAAAUCAGCGAGAGGCACAAAGAGAAAGACGUGGAGGCAAAAAAAGCGGCGAAGUAAAGCUGGAUCGUGUGUUUGUCCAGAAAGAAAGAAGUGAUGAAUCUCUGCAGAGAGCCAUCUUCCCAGACAGAGGGUGCUGGCGCUCUCUGUCCAGCAGGGGGCAGAAACAUCUCACUCAGACUUGAACGAACGUCGUGCUAAUUCUAUAGAUGCUGUGCUAAUACUACAGCUGCAGCAAAAGAAACGAGUUGUAUUAUAGAGUAUAUUGUACUACAGCAGUGUACUGUAGUGCUGUCCAACAAUCCUGAUUCAUUUUGUUUGCAUAAUGUGUGCGUUCUGUGUAUAUUUAAAUACACAUGCAGUAAAUGUUUUUUAUAAACGAAUAUAUUUAAUACCCCAAAACCUGUGGGGGAGUGUACGCCUGUUAUUCUCUCGAGCCGCCCACAGCUUGUGCUGUUUGAGACCAUGCUCUGACCUUCCUCUUGUUAGCACUUUGUGUGUUAAUGCCUGUAUGAAUGACUUUUAUACAAAGUAACUUACAAGGAACGUGAUGCAUGUAGAGCGGCUGAGAACUCUUACGUCGCCGUUUGACUUUAUCCUUAAAUAUGAAAUGAAAUUUUUGCUUUCUCUUUCCUUAACCCUCCCCAUUUAGCUUGAACUUGAAGAAUCAGUGUUUUAUAAGCACUUAGCUGCUAUAAAUGCUUAGCUGCUCAUUUUUUUUCACUUGUAAGUUUUGGAUAAAAGUAUCUGCUGAGUGAAUAAAUGUGAAGAAUGAAGAAGCAAAGGCCUGGAGGUCUGGAUGGAUGCAUAGAACUGAUGUUUCUGGUGCCGUUCAUACAGUAUGUGCUUAUUUUGUAAAUAUAAUUGUUCUGACAAUAUACUGUAAUCGCUGGCUGAAGAUAAGACGUUCUCCAGCGGAUAACAUCUGAGGAAGCAGAAGGCAUGUAAACAUGUUAUAUUUUUGUAUAAAGACCUGCUUGGCUUGUUUUUGCGUUGCGCUGCUGAACUCCGAAUCAGUUUCUGUGCUGUAAAUAAACGCAUCAUGCAACAUCAAACUUA